UAGACCGGCUUUACCUCCUUCCUUCACUCCCCAGAACGCCGAAGGAGAAAAGACCAGAACACAGAAUGCACAGAAAUGGCGCCAAAAGACUCGCAGCUCAGGUUUCCAUUGGAAGCACAAAGGCCUUCUCUGCUUCUCCUCUCUCUUGCUCAUCUCAUACCUACCAUGAUAUUACAGAUGGUCGAACCCUUGGUCGAGUUCUUGAAUCUUGCAAAGCCUCCUCAAAUUUUAAAAUGGCAACUGAAACUCAUGCCAGAAUUAUUAGACUUGGGUAUGGAACUUACCCGUACCUUGUAGCUUCUUUGAUAUCAACUUAUUUGCGCUGUGAUCGUGCUAGUAUUUCUUAUCAAGUUAUUGAUCAAGUUCUCUGUUGGGCUUCUGAUCUGAUCACUGUGAACAUAGUUAUCGAAAGUCUUAUGAGAAUUGGAGAGUGCGAACUUGCCAAGAAGGUGUUCGAUAAAAUGCCUGAACAAGAUACAGUUACAUGGAACUCAAUAAUUGGGGGUCAUGUUAGAAAUCUGCGCUUUGAGGAGGCAUUAAGAUUUUUCAGGAAGAUGCUUAGAUCAACUGUUGAACCAGAUAAGUUUACAUUUGCAUCUGCUAUAAAAGCGUGUGCAAGACUUGGAACACUAAAUCAUGCUCUUUGGGUUCAUGGUUUGAUGAUUGAGAAAACAAUUGAGAUGAAUUAUAUACUGGGUGCAGCUCUGAUUGACAUGUACUCAAAAUGUGGAAGAAUUCAAACUGCAAAAGAGAUUUUUGAGAGCAUUCCGCAUAAUGAUGUGUCAAUUUGGAAUGCAAUGAUCAAUGGGUUAGCCAUCCAUGGGCUUGCUGAAGAUGCAAUUGGAGUUUUCUCAAAAAUGGAGAUGAAAAAUGUUUUGCCUGAUUCUAUAACUUUUCUUGGAAUUCUGACAGCAUGUAGUCAUUGUGGUUUGGUUGAAGAAGGCCGUAGGUAUUUUAAGUUAAUGUGUGUUGGGUAUUCAAUUCAGCCAGAACUCGAGCAUUAUGGGGCGAUGGUAGACCUCCUUGGUCGUGCUGGGAAGUUAGAAAUGGCAUAUGCCAUGAUCAAAGAAAUGCCAUUUGAACCAGAUGUAGUUAUAUGGAGAGCACUUCUCAGUGGUUGUAGAACUCAUAAAAAUCCACAGCUUGGUGAAGUUGCUAUUACAAAUAUAUCACGUCUCAGCAGUGGGGAUUAUGUGUUGUUAUCCAACAUCUAUAGUUCUCUGAAUAACUGGGAUGGCGCAGAGCACGUUAGAGAAACUAUGAAAAAGAAGAAAGUUCGUAAAAAUCGAGGGAAGAGUUGGUUUGAGUUGGAUGGUGUUAUCUACAAAUUCAAGGCAGGAGAUAGAUCUCAUGUUGAAACAGAAGCAAUCUAAGAAUUUUUAGAAGAAUUGAUUCAAAGAACCAAGUCGGAAGGAUUUCUACGUGCAACAGAGUUGGUUGUAAUGGAUGUAUCUGACGAGGAAAAGGAGGAAAACCUGAACUAUCACA